CAUCAUUGGGUGUAUUAUUGGGAUCUGCUCUUUAUUUAGGAAGAAAAUAUUUCAAGGGACCAUAUGUUUCUUCACAAUUAUUGCAAAGUGAUUUGAGUGGACAAGUUGUAUUGGUAACAGGUGCCUCAAAGGGUGGAAUUGGUUAUGAGACUGUCAAGAGUUUGUAUCAAUUGGGAGCAAUUGUUGUGAUGGCUGUGAGAAAUGUUGAAAGAGGUGAAGUGGAAAAGAAGGAAUUAGUGGAAUUGUGUGGUGGAAAGAAGGUUGGAAAAUUGAUUGUAAUGAAAUUGGAUUUGGAAGAUUUGGAAUCUGUUAGAGAGUUUUCACGUCAAUUUUUGAAGGAUUUCACUCGAUUGGACAUUCUUGUCAAUAAUGCAGGUCUUGCCCAAGGUCCAGGUGUUUCCAAACAACAAAUUGAACUCCAUUUUGCAGUGAAUCAUCUAGGCCACUUCUUAUUGGUUCGCUUCUUGAAAGAUCUCAUCCAAGAGACUAGUGUCAAGUAUUCUAAACAAUGUAAGGUUAUCAAUGUUUCAAGUGAGGCUCAUUAUAGAGUCAUAACAGAAAAUGACAUCCUCGAUGCUGACAAAUUGGUCAAUCAAGAUGGUUCUAAUCUUCCAAUGUUAUUUGCUUAUGGUCAUUCCAAGUUUUGUAAUGUUAUCUUUACCAAAUCAUUGGCUAGAUAUUUUAAACAAGAUCCAAAGGCAAAUGUUGGUUGUUACUCUCUCCAUCCUGGUGUUGUCUCUACCAAUGUAUUCAGACAUUCCCCAACAAUUGUUCGUGGUAUCUUGUCAAUGCUUAGUUUGUACUUUUUGAAAACUCCAGAAUCUGGAGCUCAAACUCAAAUCUUCUUAGCACUUGAGAAGAAUGAAAAACUCUCCAAUGGAGGUUACUACAAGGAUUGUUCCGCACGUGAGGUAAGACCAGUGGCCAACAGUGAAAAUGUUCAAGACAGAUUGUGGACUUUGAGUGAGAAUUUGUGUAAAGAUUUUGCCUCUCUCUAAUUGAUCUAAUUGAUAUUAAAAAUUAUUAAGGUUAAU